AUGGCAUCUGUUUAUAGAGCUCUAGCAAUUAUAGGAAUGGUUUUUAUUUCUCCUGUUGUACUACCAGCAGUGGUUUUCAUAGGGGUAUUAUAUGAUUUUUUCAGUUCAGAACUGCCACCUGGAAUUGGGGAACCUCUAAAGCUUCGUUUUUACCAUUCCUUGAUGACUGCAGCCAUGGUCUUGGGAAAGAUUUUGGAGAAGUUGGGGAUCUGCAGUGAUUUAACCGUACUGCGAGUACUGUUUAAUGGAAUUCCCCCAUGGAGAGAUUCCAAACUGCUUAUCAAAGAUCUCAGAGUAGAUGAGGUACCACUGAGGAUUUAUCAGCCCAAAAACCCACCCAGUGGGAAGAGAAGAGGAAUUCUGUACUUUCAUGGAGGCGCUGGCACAUUCGGGAGCAUUAGAUCCUUUGAAAGACUAUGCCGCUAUAUGGCCAAAAAAUGCAACUCGGUGGUUGUGUCUGUUGGGUACCGUCUGUCCCCUGAACACCCAUACCCAGGGCAGUACUCUGACUGUCUCAAUGCCACCCUAUACUUCAUGAAGAAUUUAGAAGAGUAUCACGUGGAUCCUGCUCUCAUCAUCAUUAGUGGGGACAGCUGUGGAGCUAAUUUUGCUACAGUUAUUUGCCACAUGCUGCUGAAUGCACGGGAUCUGCCUAAAGUACGUGCUCAGGUCUUGCUCUACCCAGGACUGCAGGGCUUGGAUUUUCAGUUGCCUUCCUACCAGCAGAAUGCUUCAGUCCCCAUCCUGUUCCGGAAGCUGGUGAUCUACUUCUGCUUUCGUUACCUUAACAAAAAACCCUCAUUUUUUGAAGAUAUCAUACAGAACUGUCAUGUUCCUGAGAGCAUGAGACUCAAGUAUAAAAAGUGGAUAAGUGCUGACAUUAUUCCCGAGGAGUUUAAGGUUAGAGGCUAUGUACCACCGAAACCCACAUCAUUUAAACCUGAAGUCUAUGAAGUAGCCAAAGAAGUUUUAGGACUAACGUUUUCCCCACUUUUAGCUGAAGACUCCAUUAUUUGCCAACUGCCUGAGACCUACAUGGUGACCUGUGAGUUUGAUGUGCUGAGGGAUGAUGGACUGUUGUACAAGAAGAGACUGGAGGACAAUGGUGUGCAAGUGACCUGGUAUCAUUCUGAGAGUGGCUUCCAUGGAAUUUUAGCCUUUUUUGGCUAUGGCAUUUUUGACUUUUUGUCUGGAAAAAAGAUAAUGGAUAGUACUGUGAAUUAUAUAAACAGUUUAUAG